AUGGACAUGUAUCGCGAUAUUGAUGUGGAUAUGCCAUAUUGUGGCGAAUGGGCGAAGCAAAACGAGCGACUACCGUUACCCCUAAAGGCGCGCCAGAAACAGGACGAGCAUUUUACAGAAGAUCAGAUGCGUUCAGCACGCCAAGCGUUUUAUGCCCUCUGCACACAUAUCGACCAUCAAUUACGCGUCGUUAUUGGCACUUUACGGGAGGAAGGACUACUGAACAAUACGAUUCUGUUGUUUACCUCCGACCACGGCGAUAUGCUCGGAAAUCAUCAAAUGUGGGCGAAACGGCUCUAUUAUGAAGAUUCCGCCAACGUUCCUAUGCUGCUCGUCGGCACCGCAGGCGAUGAACGGGUAGGGCAUCACAGAGUGGAUGACCGUCUCGUCGGAUGGCAGGAUGUAAUGCCUACACUUCUCCACCUCGCAGGAAUUGACAUUCCAGAUACCGUGGAUGGGAUACCGAUGGUAGGUGACGAAAAGCGUGAUUGGUUGUACGGCGAAAUUGGUAAUGGCGGCAGUGCGACCCGGAUGAUUCAUGACGGACGCUUCAAGCUUAUUUACUACGCCACCGGAAAUUACCGUCAACUCUUCGAUCUGGAAGAGGAUCCGAGGGAAUUGAACGACCUCGCCGAUUCGUCGGCGCAUGCUGAGAUACUUGAACGACUGACAAACCAUCUAAUGGGUGAACUCUACGGAGGUGAUGAAGACUGGGUACAAGAUGGUAAACUUGUCGGCUUGCCUGACCAAGCGUAUCGUCCGUCUUCCAACCGCGCCUUAUCAGGUCAACGCGGACUUCACUGGCCACCUCCCCCGUCCGCCGGGCGUUAG